AUGGAGCUUCAAUACCCACCCCCACCCCCUUCUCCCAGAAUCUGCAGGGAGAGGUCAGGACGUGACAAGACCAGCAUGCCAGUGCUAUCGGAGGACUCUGGUUUGCAUGAAACCCUGGCCCUGCUGACCUCCCAGCUCAGACCUGACUCCAACCACAAGGAGGAGAUGGGCUUCCUGAGGGAUGUUUUCAGUGAAAAAAGCCUCAGUUACUUAAUGAAGAUUCAUGAGAAGCUUCGCUAUUAUGAAAGGCAAAGUCCAACCCCAGUUCUGCACAGCGCUGUGGCCCUUGCUGAGGACGUGAUGGAGGAGUUGCAGGCCGCCUCCGUGCACAGUGAUGAGAGGGAGCUGCUCCAGCUGCUUUCCACCCCGCACCUGAGGGCUGUGCUAAUGGUACAUGACACGGUUGCCCAGAAGAAUUUUGACCCCGUUCUCCCGCCUCUGCCUGACAAUAUCGAUGAGGAUUUUGAUGAGGAAUCUGUGAAGAUCGUCCGCUUGGUGAAGAACAAGGAACCCUUGGGUGCCACUAUCCGGCGGGACGAGCACUCAGGGGCUGUUGUGGUGGCCAGGAUCAUGCGAGGAGGCGCAGCAGACAGGAGCGGCCUGGUCCACGUUGGAGACGAGCUCCGAGAAGUGAACGGGAUCGCAGUCCUGCACAAGCGGCCCGACGAGAUCAGCCAGAUUCUGGCCCAGUCCCAGGGAUCCAUCACCCUAAAAAUCAUCCCAGCCACCCAGGAGGAAGAUCGCUUAAAGGAGAGCAAGGUGUUCAUGCGCGCCCUCUUCCACUACAACCCUCGCGAGGACCGGGCCAUCCCUUGUCAGGAGGCGGGCCUGCCCUUCCAGCGCAGGCAGGUCCUGGAAGUGGUGAGCCAGGACGACCCCACGUGGUGGCAGGCCAAGCGAGUCGGGGACACCAACCUUCGAGCCGGCCUCAUCCCCUCCAAGCGGUUCCAGGAGAGACGACUAAGCUACCGGAGAGCCGCGGGCACCCUGCCGAGUCCCCAGAGCCUCAAGAAGCCGCCCUAUGAUCAGCCUUGUGACAAAGAGACCUGUGACUGUGAGGGCUACCUCAAAGGGCACUAUGUGGCUGGUCUUCGGAGGAGUUUCCGGCUGGGCUGUAGGGAGAGACUGGGUGGCUCCCAGGAAGGGAAGAUGUCCUCCGGAGCUGAGUCUCCAGAGCUGCUGACUUAUGAGGAGGUGGCCAGGUACCAACACCAGCCCGGAGAGCGGCCCCGCCUGGUGGUUCUGAUCGGGUCUCUGGGAGCCCGACUGCACGAGCUGAAGCAAAAGGUGGUGGCCGAGAACCCACAGCACUUUGGUGUCGCUGUUCCACAUACCACCAGGCCCCGAAAGAGCCAUGAGAAGGAAGGAGUGGAAUAUCACUUUGUGUCUAAGCAAGCAUUUGAGGCCGACUUACAUCACAACAAGUUCCUGGAACAUGGUGAAUAUAAGGAAAAUUUCUAUGGAACCAGCCUGGAAGCCAUUCAGGCUGUUAUGGCCAAAAACAAAGUUUGUUUGGUGGAUGUGGAGCCGGAAGCACUGAAACAACUGAGGACCUCAGAAUUCAAACCCUAUAUUAUAUUUGUAAAGCCUGCAAUUCAGGAAAAAAGAAAGACCCCACCUAAGUCCCCAGCUUGUGAGGACACGGCAGCCCCAUUUGAUGAGCAGCAGCAGGAGAUGGCCGCUUCCGCCGCCUUCAUAGACCAGCAUUACGGGCACCUGGUAGACGCCGUGCUGGUGAAGGAGGAUCUCCAGGGUGCCUACAGCCAGCUCAAAGUAGUCUUAGAGAAGCUGAGCAAGGACACUCACUGGGUACCUGUUAGUUGGGUCAGGUGACUUUAUCCCAGAACAUCCAAGCUGGAUGGGACCUUGAAGAUCAACUAGUCCAGACUCCCUCAUUUUACCAUCAAGGAAUCUUGAGCGCAGAGAGGGGGAGAAUUCUCCACAAACUGCAUCGUCGAGAAGAGUAUGAGUGGGAAGUCUUGCUUGUUGUUUUUCACUGCACCUCUUUGGAUCAUGAUUUGAAAGGGGCAUAUCAGAAAACAGCACAUUUCAUUCAUUAAAGUAUCACAGGCAAGCUGACCCUGAUUCUUUGUACCA